AUGGCUCAAGGAAGGAGAGGAAGGAGAGGCGGAAUAAGGGGGAAUCAAAUGAAUGUUGGGGAAGGAGUUGAAGCCAACCCUCCAGUGGGGAGGAAUGUUGGAUGGAAUCAAAACAUCGAGAGAGAAGACAUGAUUGCUGAAUUAAGGAGACAAGUUGCGGCACUUACGGAGGUGGUGCAGCAUAUGCAGCCUCCUCAUGAGACUACCGAUGAGUCCGAUGACUCUCAUUCUCAUUUUGAGAACCCUUUUGGAGCUCCUCCAAGGGGUAGGCCUUAUGUGGAAAGAAAUGAGCCAAGGCUUGACUACAACUUCAAGGUUGAAAUUCCAGAAUCUCAAGGGAGUCUCAAACCGGAAGACUUUGUAGAUUGGCUGAACACCGUUGAAAGGGUGUUUGAUUAUUAUGAUGUUAUAGAUGAAAAGAAAGUGAAGCUAGUCGCUAUUCGCCUUAAAGGGAGAGCUUCCGCUUGGUGGGAACAAUUGCAAAUUUCUCGCCAAAGAAGUGGCAAAGUCAAGAUCAAGAGUUGGGAGAAGAUGAAGAAAAAGCUCCGUGAGCAAUUUCUUCCUUUCAACUACACCCAAUCACUCUACAAAGACCUACACAACCUUAAGCAAGAGGGAAGUGUAGAGGAGUAUACGGAGGCGUUUCACCAACUUGUAGUAAGGGUAGAUUUGAAUGAAAGUGAAGAACAAAUGGUUGCAAGGUACUUGAGUGGAUUGAAGCCAUCCAUCCAAGAUGUCCUUAGUCUUCAAUCAUUGUGGAACGUGUCGGAAGCCUACAACCGGGCUUUACUGGUAAAGAAGCAACAAACUAGGCCAGCUUUAAGGUCUGGACAGUGGGGUUCCAGGUCUGGGCAGGGGAUUUCUAGCCAAUAUAAGGUUGGGAAUUCAAGUACAAAUGGGAGAGGAGAAACUUCUGGGGUUGAACAGCAACCAGCAGGUUCUAAAUCUGCUAUUACAGCCCCAAAACAGUCCCAAACAGCCACUGUUGGCGGGGGUAGACAGCAACAGGUGGGUACUUUCAAAUGUUUCAAGUGUGGAGAGCCGGGUCAUCGAUCUUUGGAUUGUAGGAAGAAGGCUCUUAUGUUGGAGGAAGUAAAAGAGCUUGAACAUGAAGAUGGAGAACCCAUCUUUGAUCAACCUUCAAAUGAGGUUGGUGGUGAUUUUGAAGAAGAAGAGGGCUUGACACUUGUGAUGAGAAAGACUCUUCUUGCUCCUAAAUUCAAUUCCAAAGAAGAUUGGUUGAGAACCAAUAUUUUUUAUACAACUUGCAGUAUUGGAGGAAGAGUUUGUAAUAUGAUCAUCGAUGGGGGAAGUUGUGAAAAUGUGGUCUCUCAGGAGGUGGUUGAUAAGUUGAGGCUUGCCACUCAAGAUCACCCACAUCCCUACAAACUUUCUUGGUUCAAGAAGGGCAAUGAGGUGAAAGUAACGAAGCGUUGCUUGGUGCCAUUUUCUAUCCGGAAGAAAUAUUUUGAUGAAGUUUGGUGUGAUGUAGUACCAAUGGAUGCAUGCCAUAUCCUUCUUGGAAGACCUUGGCAAUAUGAUCACCAAACGAUGCAUGAUGGGAAGAAGAACACCUAUACCUUAAGCAAAGACAAUCAGCAAUUUACUUUGCUGCCAAUGAAGGAAAAGGUGACUUCUAAAUCCUCUACAACCUCUUUACUCACUUCUAAAAGCUUCAUUCAAGAAAGUCAAGAUAGUGGCUACAUUUUCGCAUUAAUUCCAGUCAACACAGUGGCUGGAACUGAUGUUCCUAGUGCUGUCACUGAGUUAUUACAGCAAUAUGGUGAUGUUUUUCCCCAUGAGUUACCUCCUAACUUGCCUCCUAUGCGAGACAUUCAACAUGCCAUUGAUUUGGUACCGGGUGCACCCCUUCCAAACAAGGCAGCAUAUCGUAUGGCUCCAAAGGAGAAGGAAGAAUUGCAAAAACAGGUUCAAGAGCUUCUUGAUAGAGGCUACAUUCGGGCUAGUAUUAGCCCUUGUGCGGUACCCGCUCUCUUGACUCCUAAGAAGGAUGGCUCUUGGAGGAUGUGUGUGGAUAGUAGAGCUAUCAACAAGAUCACAAUCAAGUAUCGUUUUCCAAUUCCUAGAUUGGAUGACAUGCUAGAUUGCUUGGCGGGUGCAAAGGUGUUUUCCAAGAUUGAUUUGCAAAGCCAUAGCUAUAACAACCAGUAA